GGGGCAGGAAGGGGGCGUGGAAGGGCAGUAGCAAAUGCAGUGACGCACACAGGCCCUGAAGAUACUGCCGCACAGCCCAACGAAGAUAAAGCCGAGUCUUCUGCCUCACAUGUGCCGCCGAUGUUCACCAAUGAACAGUGGCGUAUUCUUGUGAAAGCUUUGGAGAAUUUUCAGGUCACCUCAUCUAAAGAAAAAUUGACAGGCCCUACCUACGAGGACGCCGAUUGGAGUGGGUAGAAGAUGCGGGGGGUCUACUAUUUUCACAGUAUGGAAGAAAUUUGUGCACAUCAAGUGGGAAUGGUGGACUCAACGGAUUUGUGGCAUGCACGAUUGGGGCACCCUUCAGCUUCAGUAGUGCGUAAAGUUUCCAGUUUUAUUAAUUAUGUUCCUAGCUCUCAGUUAGAAAAUAAGGCCUGUGAUGCAUGUUUGUGUGCUAAACAAACUAGAGCCGCGUUUGAUUUAAAUUCUGCUCGUGCUAUUGAAUGUUUUGAAAUGAUUCAUUGUGAUAUAUGGGGUCCUUAUCAGUAUUCUUCUUCUUGUGGUGCCCGUUAUUUUUUAACAAUUGUGGAUGAUCAUUCUCGUGCGGUUUGGAUACAUCUAUUGCUUAAUAAAGGAGAAGUGGGAACCAUUUUGAAACAUUUUUUUGCUAUGACUAAGAGGCAGUUUAAUAAAGAAGUUCGUGUUGUGCGAAGUGAUAACGGGAAAGAGUUUAUUGCACUGAAAAAUUAUUUUAAUGAACAUGGGAUUGUUUUUCAAACUAGCUGUGUCUAUACGCCACAACAAAAUGGCCGUGUUGAACGAAAGCACAGACAUAUCCUGGAGGUGGCUAGGGCGUUACGUUUUCAUGCUAAUUUGCCUAUUCAUUUUUGGGGCGAAUGUGUAUUGGCUGUCGGGUAUUUAAUUAACCGCUUACCUUGUCGCCUCUUGAAUUAUAAAAGUCCUUAUGAAAUUUUGUACAGCAAAAUGCCAUGCUAUACUAAUCUCCGUGUGUUUGGAUGUAUGUGCUACGCCCAUGACAAAAAUGUACUUGGUGAUAAAUUUGCACCGC